AUGAAUUUUUGAAUAUUGGUAACUGGCACUCCUCACGGCUGGUUUAAAAAGAUAAACACACGUAUUCAUGUUGAUCAAAUCUUAGAAGCAUGUGCACUCGAAUGUCAAAAACUUGAAAGAUUAGAAAUUCAAUGGGAUGAAGAAACAUUAAGAUGGAACGAAAACAGUUCAAAGUUUAUUGAUCACAUUCGAAUUCGUUGUACAAAGCUUCAAUCAUUAGUAUUGGCUGAUGGUGAAUAUUAUGAACUAGUUCGAUCGAAUUUUGAGCGAGCGGAUCGUCAGCGAGUUGUUCGUACAACAACAACUGACCAAACUAGCAUUGUUAGUCUACUCAAUUAUUAUAAUGAGUUACGUUUUAACUAA